AUGCCUCCUAAACGCAAGGCUCGUGGUGGCCCUGCAGGCGAAGGCGGCAGACCCUCGCCCCAUCGACCCGGAGACAUGCCGCUGGGCCAGCGCGAACGAGAUUUUUCAGAGAGCGGAGGCAGAGGCGGCCGCGGUGGCAGAAACACUAGAAGAAACGAUCGCCGGGAUUCCGCCCAGGGACAACCAUCACAGCCUGGUACCCAGUCGGCAAGCGCUUCCCGCGUCACGUCCCCGACUGUCCCUCGCCCGCCCCCUACCCCAUCGCAGCCGCAACAUCCUGCACCGAUUGCAACAGGACCGCCUUCGGCACCAAUUUCGCAUCCGCCCUCCCCAGUACCGACAAGCUACUGCUAUGAGCAUCUCACCGACGAGGCGAUUACCUCAUGGGAAACCGGCAGCAGGCAAAAACUAGUCACCCAUGGGGUCGACUCACGGUCGGAUGUGGACAUUGAGGAACUGGCCGCCAUCUAUCAAGAGUUUAUCCAUGCCGUCAUUGAGGGGCGGCUAUCACCUGUUGACGCUGGCGCUUGCAUGAAAGAGAUCCUCGGCUCGGAAUCGCAAGAAAUGAUUAAGGAGUCUUUCUCGUUCGAGCCUCACACUCUCUUUCUCGAUACUUUGUCCAUAAUCUUCGAUAAUGACCGUGGUCUAUUCAGACCUCAGCUCCGCGACUUCAUUCAAGCAACAGGCGUCUCGUCCGAGCUUGUGCGCCAAACUCUAGAUGCUCAGCUUCUUCAAGAUUUGGGCAUGAUCCGCGAGACCUUCGUCAAGCUUGGUAUCAGGCGUGCGACAAAUCUUCUUUACCGACAAGCGAACUACAAUCUACUCCGCGAGGAGAGCGAAGGUUACUCCAAGCUCAUGACUGAGCUUUUCACAACUAGUAGCUCGGAGCCCCCGUCUGCCGAAACGGCACAUGCAGCUUUUGAACGUCUCAAGGGCCUUAUUGGAACUUUCGAUCUUGACGUUGGAAGAGUCCUCGACGUUACACUCGACGUCUUUGCAGCAGUCCUCAUCAAGCAGUUCCGAUUCUUCAUCAAACUUCUCAGAGUCAGCUCUUGGUGGCCGAGCAAUCAGAACCCUGCUUCGUCAACAUACGCAGGUGGCCUACCUCCCUGGGCUCUGCCCGACUCGUCACACUGGAUGACUAGCCAAGAAGUCGAACUUGAGAGUGCCGAGCUAAAGCGCCAACGCGAUAUUGAGUUCUGGGACCGCGCUCGUGAGGUUCACCUCGAUGCAUUCUUCCAGCUUGGAGGAAGACAAGUCACAGGUGACCACCUCAAGUUGCUUGAAGAAUCAGAGUCUGCAUCCGAGGCCGAAGUCAAUGCUGCAUCGGCAUGGAUGAAGCUGACAAAGACCCUCCCGCCUCAGGGAAACCGAACCGCUGCCCAGCUGCUUGGUUUCAAGCUACGAUUCUACGCCUCCGAUGCCAGAGAUCCCGAUGAUGUCCUGCCAGCUAACCUGCUUUACCUUGUCGCACUUCUCGUCAAGGUUGGCUUCAUGUCACUGGUCGACAUCUACCCACAUCUCUGGCCUCUUGACGAGGAGAUGGAAGCCAUGAGAGAAAAGAAGAUGAAGGAGCUGGACGAAAAGGAGAGGCAGAGCCGACCUGGCGCCGCACAAAACGCCCUACUUAUGGCGGGUGCCUUGCCUGACGACAGCGCACCGCCCCCCACGACUCGUACUCGAGCCGUUGCAGGAAAAGCAGAUGCGGAGUCCAAGGCAGACGCUGCUGCAGACGAAAAAGAAAAGCUACCAGAGCCCAUGGAGCAGAAGGCUGCAUUACUCAUCUGCCUUUUGACCAUUGGCGCCAUUCCUGAAUCUCUUUUCAUUCUUGGCCGCUUCCCUUGGCUACCAGAAGCCUAUCCUGAAGUUCUGGACAGGAUUCAUCGCAUUCUCAACUACAGUGUGGAGAAGGUCUAUCAAGAAAGUCGGCCAACUCCCGCCCGCUCGGUUGAGCCCGCCUCCAAACCAAUUGCCGACAUUGAUCAGAGCGGUGUACCCAAGGGUUCCGUCAAGCUAUCCACCUUACCAGCCAAGAAGUCUAUGAGAUGGCCAUUCCCCGACGGAUUCGACGGCAGAGAUCAGCAUUACAGGUUUUACUGGGACGAAUGGGCAGACAACGUCCCAGUGUGUCAGACUGUCGAAGACAUUUUCACAUUAUGCGACACGUUCCUGAAUCUUUCCGGCGUAAGCAUCGGCAAAGAUCCUGCAUUACUGGCCAAGUUUGUCAGCAUCGGUGCGAAGAGUUUGGCGGAAGACCGCUCCCAGCACAAUAUGGACCGGUGGCAGGACCUCUUGCGGCGCAUUCUGGUUCCUGCUCUCAGCAUGACCAACGCCAAUGCGGCUAUUGUCAACUCCGUCUGGGACCUGCUCAAGCUUUACCCUGUCACAACCCGAUACUCCAUCUACGCCGAGUGGUUUGAAGGCCAGAUUUCCCGACUGCCGGCAAUGAAGGCAGCCUUCACUCGCACUCGCGUAGAGACCAGAGGUGUGAUGAAGCGCAUUUCUCUCACGAAUCUCAGCGAGAUGGCCAAGUCGCUAGCCAAGACCAGCUAUUCGUCGCCAGGCAUUGUGUUCAAGGAGGCUCUGGGCCAGAUCGAGGCUUACGCAAAUCUCAUCGAAGCAUUUGUUGAGUGCGCCAAGUACUUCACUGAUCUGGCCUACGAUGUCCUGAUCUGGUCUCUCGUGAGCUCCAUGGGUGGAAAGCGAAGCCGUACUCAGGAAUCUUCCAUCCUGCUGACCAGCAAAUGGCUUCAAGCUCUUUCCAAGUUCGCCGGCAAAGUCUUCAAGCGGUACUCCAUUCUAGACUCGACACCUAUUCUUCAAUACGUGAAUGAUCAACUCUUCCAGGGCAACUCGACCGACUUGAUUAUUCUCAAAGAGCUCGUGUCGUCAAUGGGAGGUGUCGUGCAAGUUCUUGACUUUACCGACGAUCAAAUCUUGGCCAUGUCUGGAGGAGAGGUACUGCGACGCCAGACACUGCUCAGCCUCCAAGACAAGCGGUUUGAGUCGACUCGCAGCGCCAAGCGCCUCAUGCAGUCUCUUGUCGACUCGAAACUCGCUGGACGUCUGCUUAUCAACGUUGCUCAAUACCGACAAGCUGCCAUCUACAAGCUUCCCGACGAUGAGGCGCACAUCAAGUACAUCGGCUCGGUCAUCGAUGACAGCCAUCAGAUUCUGGUUCAGUAUCUCGAUCUUCUACGAACCAAUCUUGAGCCUCACGAGUUCGAGGCAUUGGUGCCUGCAAUCACUAUCCUCAUGCACGAAUUUGGACUUGACGCAAGCCUGGCGUUCCUCAUCGGUCGUGAGGGUGUCGCAUACAACAUGUUCACCAAAAAGCAAGACUCCACAGUCAACAUCGACUCCGACGGAGACUUGUCAAUGGCCCAAGACGCAACCGAAGCAAAGGAAGCCACUGAGGAGCCGUCUGAGGCGGAGGAGAAGAAGCCGACGCCGGCAGAGGUUCGGGAGAAGGCAAAGAAGGACGCCGGACGCCAGAUCCACGAGGCGCUCGAUCCCAUCGUUACGUCAAUGAAGUCCAUAACUCCAGGUACUUCAUGGACCAAGCUCAGCCCGGAGUUCUAUGUCCUCUUCUGGGCUCUCCAGCUCGGUGACAUCGAGGUCCCAGCUGCCAGUUACAACAACGCUCACAAGCGACUCUCGAACCUCAAGAAAGAGCUCGACAGAGAUCGCUCCGACAUGAGUCGCAGCGGUAUCAACAAGAAGGAAGCCAAGAAGGCUGAGCUGCUCAAGAUCAGUAACGAACUGCCGAAGGAAGCGGAUCUCCAGAUGAAGCGAGCGCGAGUCGUGCGAGAUUACAUGACGGAUCACAUGGAAACCUGGUUCACGGGUUCAGCGGAGAAGUUGAAUGGUCUGUCUGAUGCGAUCCUCGAGCAAUGCUUACUUCCCCGGCUGGUGCUCUCCGCUAGCGACGCUGAGUACUGCUAUGUGUUUAUCAAGAAGCUCCACAUGCUUGGCGCACCCAAAUUCCGUCUCAAGGCGUUGUAUGAUCGGCUAUUCUGCGUCAAUAGGCUGCGCGCCAUGAUCUUCACUUGCACAGUCCGCGAGGCAGAGCACUUGGGCAGGUUCCUCAACUGCAUCCUCAAAGACUUGGCUAGGUGGCAUCGUGACACGAACGCUUACGACAGAGAAGCGGUCGGCAAGCGCAGCUUCUUCCUUGGGUUUGCUACCGAGUUCGAUGACAAGGGACAGCCAUCAUCUUAUUAUGAUCAUGCGCAAUUCCGUGACAUCUUGUACGGCUGGCACAGCAAGCUCAAUUUGGCAUUGAAGUCGUGCCUUGCCGGCAUGGAAUGGAUGCACAUCCGUAACGCCAUGACGAUUCUUAAGGCGGUUCUCGAUCACUUCCCAGCAAUCACCUUCAUGGGCACACAGUUUAUCGAUCAACUAAAGACAAUCACAGAUCGUGAGGCAGCUUCGAAGACUGCGUCUGCUGGCGAGGAGGGACACCGCGUGGACCUGUCAGUCGCGGCGCAGGGUGCUUUGUCGGAAUUGCAGAGGAGAAAAGACAAAUGGAUUAUACCAGCCGGCUUCCGCCCGAACAUGAACGGCGGAAAGGCCAAGGACGAGUCGACCUCAACCAGUUUGCGCCCGACCGCGACUGAAUUCCAGCCUCGAUCAGCCAGGACCGCGGCAGAGCAGGAAGACGGCGAAGUCAAGGACGGCGAGGUCAAAGACAGCAAAGAUGCUGGAUCCCGAUCAGCAGCACCCUCGGCACCAGCUACGCUUACUCAAAAGGAUCCCAACUUGCCUCCCAAGCCCUCGGCCUCCCAGCCGGACACAGCAAAGGGAGGCUUCCCGCGUGGCGACAUCGGGUCCGCCACUUCGAGCAAGCCGCCAACACCAAAGCCGGCGAAUGCAACGCCCUUGCCGAACAAUAUGAACCACCGGGAUGUGCCUAGAUCGACUCCUACACCUACGGGACCAGACAGAAGUGCGCACAACCUGCCCAAGCGACCAGACGUCCCUAUCCCUGGCCAUUUCGGUCGUACUCAUUUCACUCCUGACGCUUUGCCAGACCGGGUCCGAGAACCGAGAGAUGCACGAGAACCUCGCGGUCCUAGGGAUACAAGAGAGUCUCGAGAUACCAGAGAUCACAGGGACCCACGCGAGCCCUCAAGAGAACUCAGAUUCGCCGAGCCAUCGCGGCCCGACCGCAGUCGAGACUUUUCUGGACAAGACAGGAGAGGACCAGAUGCUCCACCUAGAGAACCUGGUCGCCUUUCCGAGAAAGAUUGGCCCUCGAGACCAGACUCGCUGCCCCCUCGCCGCGAUCACGGGCCCCAUGAGCGCGAAGGUCGUCCCUCCCGAGACAGAGUGCCUCCAACAAAUGGACGUGUGUCUGAAUCGGGCAGACUGUCUAGAGAACCUGCUGUCGCCACCCCGCCAUCUCAACCUACGCAGAAGCCAGCGGAGGAUCCUCCUGUCAACCCUGCUCGCCUGGCCUUGAUCCAAGGAGACCAACCUGGUAGGUCUAACCGCUCAGACCGCCCGUCUCGAUCAUCAGAGACAGACCGGCGGAGUGGCCGGGGACCGCGCUCUCAGGAGACUCAGAGCCACGAGCAGCGGACUCUUGACCAGCGUGCUCCGGAGCCUGACCGUACUGAAUUGAUCAACCCUGAGCGUGCUGCCCUGAUCGGUGAGCCACAAACCGAAGCGCCAGCCAGGCCGACAAGGGAUGAGCCCAGAGACCGAAAUUCUCAACGAGGUCAUUCGCCGCGGAGAAACGGGCGAUUCAAUCCAGAAGCACCAGCAGAGCCUCCAAGGGAUGACAGACACGGCCGCUCCCAUCACUCGGAUCAUCGAUCCUCUGGAAGAGAGACGCAUGCGGAGCCUCCUGCCUAUAACCCCAGAACAGAACGGAUAGGCGACAGGGACGGUGACCGUUCUGGCCAAGACAAGGGUAGAGACGCAUUCCUGGGUCCUGGUCGAAACUCCGAACCUGACCACAGCCGCACUGCUCACCAGGACCAAAACUACGGUCGUCUGAACCCAAUCCAGUCGGUACUUGCCCCGAACGAGGUUCCACUAGGACCCCGUGGUCGUGGUCGAGCGGCUGCCCGAGGUGGAUCCGCGGGCACCCCCAACUCACGAUCUGAUGGUCGUUUCCCGAAUGCAGACAGCCCGGCGGCGCCUGAAGAACGGCAUCCACCCACAGGUCCGGCCUCAGGCAGAGGACGUCGUAAUCAGUACGAGUCUAAUCCGCCCGUCAACUCUCCGUCUGCCAUGACGCCGACCCCAGCAGCACACCCCGAUCGCGCCCGUGCUAUCAACUCGGGCCCGGCAGGCUCACCAACUCCAGCCUCGGGAGGACCUACCUUGGCUCCUGGUAUUCAUCCUGAUCGACUGGCACAGAUUGCGCCACCACCGCCUCCGCCUCCUGGGCAGCCACCUAGUCACGGUCACUCUCGGCCGCCACUGCCCCCUAUCAACACACCAGACCGCCCGUCAGGAGGCCAAGGUAACAACAACCGAACACCGACAGGCAAUUUCCCAGCUCCUACCGAUGGGGUACCAUCAGGACCGUCAUCGAAUGAUCGAGGUCGCAGCGGCGGCAGUCGUAGACAGCUUGCGGGUAUCAAUAGCACUUUGCAGCAAGCACAGGCCAACAUGCCUGAGACCAACAGAGGCACAAGUAUCCGCGGGCGUGGGGUUGCCAGAGGUAGUAUCGCUGGCUCCGAUGCUCAAGUUCUGACAGGUGCAUCACCGGUGUCUACGCCAGUCCAAGAACGUCCGAACCCUGUGGGACAAGAAAGGGCUCAGGCAAACGGUGAGGAUCAUUCACAAAACGAACACGAUCGCAGCCGUCGCGAGCAUCGUUCAGAGCGUGGUCGGCACUCAAGGCGCAGCAGUCGUGAACGAGAACGCAGUCCUGGUCGCGAAAGGGAGGGCAAGGAGCCCCGUGAGCACAGGGAGAGAAGGUCCGGAGCUCAAAAUCAGUCAUCCACUGGUCGAGACGAACGUGAAUCCCGGCGUUCUGGUCGAGAGCCGUCCGGCAGCACUAGGGAGUCGCAUGCGAACCCUACCCACGGCAGUAACCGGGAGAACACAGGAAGCAGUCGCGAAACUCGCCAUCGGACCGAUCGCGGAGAUGGCGGACGUGGAGAUGCAGCGACGGGGCCAAGGAACGAAGAGUGGGCUGGAAAUCCGCGGGGCGCGCCCAGAGGAGGACCUCGCGAGGGAGGUCUACGACCGAACGAUGACCGACGCGAAGAUCGGGGCCGAAAGCGUCGAAGCGAAGAUGCAGCAGGCUUUCCCAACGACCGAGAAAAGAGGCAGAGACGCUAG